AGAUAGAGACGUGACUGUGUGAAAAAAAGAAUUGAAAAAUUGUCAUGUUAAUUUACUUAACGUCUAUAGUUCAUAGUGUAAUUAAAGGACAAACCACAUUGACUUCGUGAUUAACAAUAGCCGGAUUCACAUUAGCCCUUCCACUGAAACGACAAUAACCUAGAUCCGGAAAUGGGUAAAUUUUUCCAUGUUCUGUGUUGAGCCCUCGUUUUCCACAUUGCUUCGUCGGAUUUUCAAGUGCUCUUGAGUUGUUAUUUUGCAGAUAUACUUCUCCCUCAGUGUGAAUGCUUCUACACUUCACGGUUCCGGAGCACUAUAUUGCUGGUAACUCAAGAAUACUAACAUUUAAUAAGAUACGGACUGCAAAGGAAGAUGUCUUAAAUUGAUUUCCACGAGCAGAAGAGAGCGAUGAAUGAGACAAUCCAAACAUGCUCUUGCCGUGAUGCAGAAAGAGUCUCGCACAUCAUCUUGAUUGCUCUGGUAAUGAUCGGAUCAAUAAUUGGAAACGGUAUAAUUUGCCUUUUGCUCGUCCGGUUCAAGUCUCUUCGAACAGUGCCUAAUGUCUUAAUCGCGAACUUAGCAGUCGUAGACAUCCUCAAUGCACUGACCAAUAUGCCUCUCAUGAUCGUGUGGUACAUCUGUAAAGUGCCUUACCUCAAGGGACGACCAAUCUCGUGGUUCAUCGUCACUUGGUACGUGCUGUUUGUGUAUCUGACCGUGUUCAACCUCACCGUUCUAACAAUGGAUCGUUUCGGAGCCAUAGUGCACGGUCUUCGCUACCAUUCAUGGAAAACUAUCAACAAGGCAAAGAUAGCAGUGUUGUUUGUUUGGCUCCUAGCAGCUGCCUAUACAUAUGGCAUGUUCAUAUUAGGACUCGACAUUGAAGUUGGUGACGCUCCAGUGCUUGUGUACAGGAAACACUAUUUGAAGAAAUUUGGAAGAUAUUUUAUUAUUCCUGGUUACCUGGUUCCGUUCGCUUCGAUGCUGAUUAUGGGAGCUUUCAUUAGGCGUUCGGUUCGACGCCAUACCAGACGUCUGUCGAAUUUCUGUUCUGUGACAAAACAAGUUAAGAGCGACGUGAAGACGGCUGAGACAAUCGGUUUGACCGUGUUGGCAUUCGUCGCCAUGGGUGUUGUGCCGAUGUUUUUACACAUGGUUUCAAAAAGUCAUGGUACAUGGCCUCAUUUCCUUGCGUUUUUUCUCAUGCACUUGAACACUAUGGUGAAUCCCAUCAUCUACGCACUAAAGACCCGCAGGUUUCGCAAGGCUCUCUUGCUGUUUGUAAAGGAACCUUUCGGGAAGUCAGAACCAAAUAUGAGGUCCAGCACCUGGAGAGCAACAAGAAAGUCGACUCACAGGGCAAAAGAACAUGAGCGCCAGACAACUUCUCUUUAAAAUGGCAAGAAGGGGUGUUCUUUUGAUAAAAACCCUUAUGAGUAAUUACAAAAAUAAACGUUUCCCAUAAGGUACUAAACAAAGAAAUAGCAGAAAUGUUAUUCUAGUCAAAACUCUCCAUUUCCAUCCGAUCGUCUCUAUGUGGAACUCAGUAUUUAUGGAGAUUAUGAGCAAACAUUGCGACCUUAAGAUCAGUAGAGGUUUUAGAAAAAAGAAAGGACUUUCACUCGAUGCCUUUGAGUAAAAUCAGAAAAGGCGUUUAAAUAGAACAAUAAUUUAUUUGACAAUUAAGUUGACAGUUAAAUGCCUUACAUCGCAUUUUGUUAGCGAACGGACUUUGGGCGCGAUGCCCGACGAGUUUGCCAAGCAGAAAAGUCUCUGAAGAGUCCCUUGGCCGGGACGAAACGAAAGGGCUGCGUAAGACAAGCCAUGAACAAUGUAUUAUCACAAAUAAUUUAUUUACAUAUCUUUAAUUCGUUCAAUAACCCAAUAGCACUAAGAGCGGACAAAUUUCUUGACUAGUCACCGAGUACAAAGAUAAAAUUACGAUCAGAUUAUAGCAAAACUUAAAAUUGUAUUCAAACUUAAAUAAAAACUAAAUGACAGAUGGCAUACAGGGAAGCUGGAGGAACGAAGCCUCACUGAAGAAAACACAUAUUCUUUAAGGCCUUUCCGAACCAUUCCCCGGAAUGACUAAUUGUGACCAACGUUCUGUUAUUGAACAAGUCCGCCGAGGAAAAAAGAUGGGGGCUGUACGUUUUACCACAAUACCAUGCAAGCUUUACACGACCCAUAAAGUACAAUUAAAGCCAUGUUUUGCAAUAUUUGUAAAAUAUGCAAAAAAAUUCAAGAUGGUAAGUUACAUAACAGCAUAAUCAAUAGGUUACCAGUGUAUCUUGUGUAACUCGGUCGAGCGAUUCUGAUUCAAAACGCCAUUGCAGUCUCAAAACGCAAUUGGUUAAUACAAAUUAUAAUCACAGGAGACCUAUCGUCAAACUCGUGGAUUGAGUAAUCUAGAGAUGAAACAUGUUGGUGAACUUGCAGUUACU